AUGACCUCGCACUUGGCCAGCAAGGAGCUCCCGCCUCCGCCGCUGCGCAUUAACAAGCAGCGUACUAUGCACAGUCCACAUCAGCAAGAUGCUAUGAUUCAACAUGCGACACAAGCAACCGGGCCCUCCGAUCCAUCGGCUAGCGGCCCGUCGCACCUCGGUGUUCCCUCUCAGAACGGCGAUGCAUCAGUCACAGCAUCACGCACGCCAAGCGGGCGGUUCCGUAUCCGUGUCCCAUCCUUCUCCAAACAGGCAAGGAGCUCAGAUGCAGGGCAGAAUGGUGCUACUGUGCACAACGCGUCUCACACUGCCUCCAUGGCGCAAGUUCAAGACAAAGUCUGGCAGCCACGAUGGGCACCAAAGCUCAAACGCACCAAUCCUUCCAAAUCUGUCACCACCUACUCGCCUAUCUUGGAUCAUCAAAUGCCUGCUUUUGCACCCUUCGUUGCCUCACCUCCACCGGCGGUGCAGCUCGACGACGCUGGAUUCGGUCGGCCUUUCAGCACCACGGGCCUCUUUGACCUCGCCGACGCCCGCUUCUCGUUCCUCGACAUGAGGAUGAUGGACAACGACAGCGAUUCCGAUAGCUCAGACUCGCUCGUCGUUCCCGUCCGUGCACCCCAACCGCCAGUCAUCUGCGAACCGCCAGAGAGGCAGAAUGCACAGGACAACGCGCCAGCGGAGACGACGGCAGCAGCCAACUCUGCUCCCCUCGAGCUGGCGACGGGAUCCGCCUUGGUGGAGCACGUGUCAGCGCGCGAGAUGCUCAGGGUCCCGCCGGCCUCGAUGAUGCCCAUGACCCAGGACUCGCAAGCAGCACGCUUAUCACUGAUGACCGCUUCGCCAGCGCUUGCAUCGCUCAUCAGCUCCUUCCCAUCACCACUCACACGUGAUUCAAACGCAGCCCCUUCCUCGUCCGACUUGGACCCCAUGCAGUCAGUGGACAGCGACGCUUCCAAGUCACGCCCCGCUAUGCCCAAGGAGAACAGCUGGGAUGGAGGCGAACGAUGGGAGUUCCAAGCCGCCCGGCACAACGCUAUGUCGUCGGGACACGACUCAGCCGGAACGCCCUAUCUCGAUAUGGAGGAUGAAGAUGAGGCAGAGCUACUCGAGGCCACGUUGGCGCAACCUCAAAGCGCCGCCGUGCGGUCUGCGCUCGGCUUAUCUUCAGUCUCGCCGCCUAAGACGCGGGUCAUUCGCAAUCCGCCGCCUCGUCCUGCGCCAUCCAUGGCCCUCCCCGAAUUGCCUGCUCCGUCAAGCUCUGCCGGACACAGCGAUGCGCGCCAGCACACGCCCACCAGCAGUGUACAACUUGAUGCGCAGCGCACAGACAGUCAGCCUGGCUCGGCAUCUUCCUCCAAACAGAAGACGCAGAGACCGCUCAUCCUGCCCACAUUGCGCUCCUCGUCGAGCGUCGACCGCUUGUCUGCCAUGGGUUCGGCCCAUGCCUCGCCCUCGGCAGAGCACAAGCUCGCCAAAAUAGCCAACGGCCACAACCUCAAGCCCUUGACCCUACCGGGCGAUGCUUCGACCGAAGAGCUGUCCAAGUCGCUCGACAUCUCCCGCGACACGGUCAAGCAGAUGCUCGAUACCACCCAGCACGUGUGGCGCAACCAUUUGCUCGGCUCAUCCGCAUUCAACGGAGAUGCGCCUCGUUCGACGAGCGCCCUCGAACGCCUCCCGAGGUCCAGCUCAAGCCCUAUGCUCUCGACCAUGUUCGUGAAUCAGGGCUCGUCAGACAGCUUUGUGACGGCCGAGGAUUCGUCCAAGGGAAGCGUGGCCAAGUCGGUUGCUGGCAGGAACAGUGAUCGCUCUUCAUUGCUUGGCCUCCCCUACAUUUCUUCGACCAAACCUUCCUUCGAUUUCCAAAGCCCCGGCUGGGCCGUAUCAAAGAACGGCGCAGAUGCGGUGCGCACUUCUACAAACGACUCGCAGGCGGAACGUGCCAGGAAACGCAGCACUUUCCUCGGUCGAAGCAGCGACGAGGGUUCGACGGCCAGCUACAACUUCUCUCGUCCAAUUCGCCGCGAUGCGAACGGUAUUGAAGCGGGUAUGAGUACAAGUGUCAGCAUGCCUUCACUUGCUGCAGCCAGAGAAGCUCCAAAACCACCGGCUGUUCUUCAAAGUCCGCUGCUGCUCAAAGGCGAAUCCGAGGCUACCGGCUUUGCCCAAAUUGCCGUCGACGACGAGCAAGAGGUGCUGGCGGACUCCAGCUCGGAAACCUACCAGCCGUUUGCUCCAUCGCGGAUGAUGUCUACCCCUGUUGUCGGCCCCAGCAUGGACGCAAAGGAACCCGCUAUCGAUCUGACUGGCGCGAAUCUGCACAAGGCGAUGCCUGAAUUGCCAGCGCAAGGCAAGAAUGCAUCUCCUAGGCCGCGUCGCAACUCAGAUACCGUCUUGAAUGCAUUUGCGCCUGAAUUUGGCAAGCGAGCACCGGGCGAGCUUCACGCUUGGAGCGUAUGCAUCGACCAGGACGGCGUUCCUGCUAUUCGUCCAUCGGCUUCUGCUUUUCAUCGCCCCAACUGCUCCCUCGCAGGCAAGAGCAACGCAACUUGGCAGUGUGGCUGCCGAGCCUCCAUCAGCGGCGAUCCCAAUUUGGCGAUGUCACCGCGCGCGAAUGGAGUCGGUGCCCAAAACCUUGCCCCGAUGGGCCAGUCCUCGCCCGGCCGCAGUCGGUCGCUGAGCGCAGGCCAGAUCAUGGACCCCGUCCGCCAAGCGCAACUUUGGAGCCAGGUCGAGCAACACAAGGACCUCAUUCGCAAGCACGAGGAUAAGAUUGCAGAUUUGCAGGAACAGGUCAAGAGGAUGUCAACUGAGAUCGCCUCGGCGCGGCCAUCCUUUUCUUCUACUUUUCCUACUCCGGAGCUGUUGUCGACACCGAACUUCCCAGCUCCUCCGAAUAGGACCCACACCAUCGCGAGAAAGCCGCUGCCUACGAUCGUUUCUCCAGAGUCGGAGACACCUCCCGUGCCUGCCAAGUCGCCAGUCAUCGAGCCCCUACCAAGGAUGACUGCUGCUCAUACGGCCCUGUCGUCCAGAUCGACCUCGACGCUGCCCGACCCGCCCCGCACGCUCCGAGGUCGCAUUGCAUCUCUGUCAAAGAUGAAUGUUGCUUGGAAGGACGAGAACGUCGCUCCGGCCCAGACUGCCGAGCUGGGACAUCCCUCGCGCUUGCGAGCCUCUUCGUCGACGUCGAGCUUGAACAAGGUGUUUCGCUUUCCUUGGUCGCGCUCGUCGGACAAGGUGAAUGCCGCCUUCCCGGAGCCUACACCGUUCCCGUUGGGCGAGCGCAAUCACACUAAGGCAGCAUCGGUGUCCGCCUCGUUCUCGCGCAACAAGUCUCGACCCAGCGUGCGGAUGCUGUCCGUCGACGAACAGAGACCUUUGCCCGCUCCUCCUCUUUCGGAGGCCUCGCUGUUGGGCAAGGACAAGCGAUACCCGCCUAGCUCGCGCAAGUUUUCCUAUGAGAUGCUGCACGGGCCUGCGUUCGAGACGGGCGCUGGUUCGCGACACUUCCGCGGUCGAUCUGGCAGCUCCAAGUCGUCAUCAUUCGGCACGAGCAUCUUCUCAUCGAACGAGGGACCGGAAAUGCAAGAGUCCUCCCGCUUUGCUAGCUUCGCAAAGCUGGGGCGACGAUGGGACUCGAUCUCGUCGCGUGGCACCAACACCUCUGCUCGCAACAGCUCGGAAGUCAGCUCGCAGCCAACGAGCGCCUCGUUAGGGUCCAUGAAAGGGUUCCCGACGCUGUCAGCAUCCGAAUCUGCACCUUUGGCAGGGGCCAAGUUGAUGGCUUCUCUACCGCGCGAUCUGGACAAGGGUCUGCGACGAUCCAAGACGCCUCCACCGCGACGAAGCUCUUUGCUGCGCAGGUCGUUGGAGAACGCGCCCAUCAAGCGAGCGCCUAUUCCUAGCGAGUUCUUGCAGGCCAAAGACCCGGUGAUGGCGCCGAUCUCGGAACAGAGCGAGAUGGGCAGCCCCGCAUCGACACGGGCGGCGAGGAACGCAGAUGUGGAGAUGAGCCCGGCCAGCGUGAUCGCAUCGCCGCAGGUAGGAGAGGGAAGGAUGAGCAUGAGCGAGAGGUACAGGUUGCAGGGCCUGACCGUGCCUGCUCCGUUGGCGUUGUCGUCUUCGCUCACGUCGCCGAUGCUGGGUUCUUUGACGGAGCCCACUUCAGCUGGCAAAGCGUCUGUUUCUCCUCGGUCAGGAAAGUCGCCACUCCCGGUGGCUUUCUCUCACGGCACCCUUACGGUGGCACGACCUCCCUCGCUCGCUAGCUAG